AUGUCUUCAGAUUCAGACAGUACGCCAGUACCCACAAUCUCUCGAGAAUUCAAAGGAAAGACCGAAUCAGUUAAUCCUACCUCAACCGAAAACGCCAAGCCUUCACAGCCCGACGUUCACCGACUCAAGCUCCCCACUGAACAUCGUGACAGUACUAUUUCUACACCAGACAGUAUGAAAGUCGAAAUUGGUAGUUCUAGCGAUGGAGUUGCAGAAGCUGUCAGUCCUGUUGAAGGCCCGCCCGCGAAAUCUCAAGGCGGCGUACGCGAGGCGGAGGAUAACAGUAGUGAUGGAUCGUGGGAGGAAGUGAGAUAUGAAGGAACCCAAGCCUCAGAGGGAGGAACAACACAGGAUUACAGGCCAGUUUGGGUAGGCCAUGUCGAAGAGAAGAGUGUGUCACAGGAAGAGGAAGGUUCGGGAGAUAUCGCUCCGGAGUUUCGACCGAGGACUCCAAGACCUUAUGGCUCUCAUAGUGAAUGA